AUGCAUUCCUCACCCAGCUUCGUGAAGUACGACUUCGACGAAACAAAAUGGGUCGAAGACAUUCGUAAAUCAGUUGACGAACAAGACGAUGAAGAAAAAAAGAAUAUUGUUUGUAUCUUCACUGUCCCUAAAGUGCUUCAAGCCACCGAUCCCAAAUGCUAUAUCCCACAACAAGUCGCGUUAGGCCCGUUCCACCAUUUGCUGCCCGACGUCCACAACAUGCAGAGGAACAAGGAGGCUGCUGCCCGAAGAACCCGAAAAUACAUGAAUGUUACCUUCGAAAACUUUGUGAAAAAAAUGAAGGAAGAUCACGAGGCUGAGAUCCGCGCUUGCUACCAUACGUUUCUGAGUAUGUAUGGUGACACACUAGUGUGGAUGAUGGUUGUUGACACCGCGUAUUUACUUGAUUUUCUUCAGGUGUAUUUAGAUAAAAAGGAAGGUGUGAAUAAGAAGGACGUUACGAAGGAUCUUUCUCAUAUGGCGAUUCUUCGAGAUGUGGUGAAGGUGGAGAAUCAGAUCCCGUUGUUUUUACUCAGGAAGAUGUUGGCCUAUAUAAAAACUGGUGAACUAAAGAACUCAGAUGAUGCUGAUGAGAUGUUGAAGACAAUGUUGAAAGAGUUGUAUCGCGAUCUUACUCCGUUUGUCGGAGAAGAGUUGCGGGAUCAUGUUCCGAUCGAAAAGUGUGUUCACCUGCUCGACUUUCUCUACCACAUGACUGUGCCCGAAGCCGAAUUCUACAGCAACAUAAACCCUAGCACCGCGAAUUAUCAUGAGAUCGACAUGCCGAACGAUCCAACCAGCGACUUGCAAGUUCAAGAUGAAAAAGAAGAAUCUUUAGCAAAAAACCCUGAUGUUUCAAAGGUUUGGAAUGUCAUAUUGCAAGUAAUCAAGAAAGUAGGUGUUAUCAAGAAAUUCAAGUUGGGGAAGCCAAUGGCUGUGUGUAAUAAAUUACCGUUAGUUUCUCUACUGAAACCAAUAUGGGAAAGCAUUUUUGGUAGAGGACAGGAGAAACCGAAGGAUGAAAGUGAUGAGCCAAAAGCCCCAAAGAUAGAAGAGAUCAAGAUCCCGUCGGUUACAGAUAUGGCCAAAGCAGGAAUCCGUUUCAAACCGGUUGAAGGUGGAAUAUCCAACAUUAGUUUUGAUGUCAAAACAUGUACGUUGUACCUCCCGAAGGUGGAACUGGAUGGGAACACCAAGGUUUAUUUAAGAAACCUGGUAGCACACGAAGCUUGUGUUGCAACGGGACCAUUGGUGAUGGCUCGUUACACCGAGUUAAUGAAUGGGAUAAUCGACACAGAACAAGACGCAAAGUAUUUGAGUAAAAGAGAUAUAGUGUUCAACUAUUUGAAGAGUGAUAAAGAGGUUGCUGAUUUAUGGAACGGAAUGAGUAAAUCUGUGAAGUUGACAAAGGUGGAUUACAUGGAUACAGUGGUUGCAAAUGUGAAUAAGAUGUAUGACCAAACAUGGAGGGUGAAAUUGUCCAAGUUAUUGAAGAAAUAUGUGUUUGCAUCUUGGAAGAUUUUAACUUUGUUGGCUGCUUUGCUUAUGUUGUUCUUGACUACUGUACAAGCUUUUUGCUCGGUGUAUAGUUGUAUUCGAGUGUUCCAUCAGCUCCCAGAGAUUCCUGCUGCUCAAGGGGUCGAGUGAGUAUACUAUGUACUAUGUGUGUGUUUUUCUUUAAAAAAUUAGUAACUUGUAAGACUUUGACUUAAGUAUAUCUGUGUGCAUUUCUUUAAAAUAACUACUUAAAAUAAGUCAAGAUAUGUAAUGACAACUUUUGUAAGAUACAAAUAAUAUAAUAUCAUUGUGCUAUCAAGAAAA